AUGAUGGACAUCUGUGGGCUGAAAUCAACCCACAACAAAGAGUUUCUGAGAAGGCUAUCUGCAGGUUUCUCUGAGGAUAGGUCCUUAUUCAGCAUGCGAUUCAACACAGAAUUUCUUCGAAGUCUAACUGGUCUUAUUUUUGUCCUCGUUUGUGUCAUGAACUAUAGCUCAAAUCUUCAAAUUGCUGUAGAUGUAGUUAAGAUUGAUGGAUGGGCAGACAGAGAUGAAGUCAUUGAAGGUUAUGAGGUGGAAGCCAACGGGGGAAUCACGAUAAAGCUGCAGUCUCCAGAGGUCAGGUCAUUUGAUGAUUAUUUCCUGAAACUGAGGCUGGACACUAACACGAGGAAUCCCUGGUUCCCUGAGUUCUGGCAACAUCGGUUCCAGUGCCGCCUUCCAGGACACCUUCUGGAAAAUCCCAACUUUAAACGAAUCUGCACAGGCAAUGAAAGCUUAGAAGAAAACUAUGUCCAGGACAGUAAGAUGGGGUUUGUCAUCAAUGCCAUCUAUGCCAUGGCACAUGGGCUGCAGAACAUGCACCAUGCCCUCUGCCCUGGCCAUGUGGGCCUCUGCGAUGCCAUGAAGCCCAUCGACGGCAGCAAGCUCCUGGACUUCCUCAUCAAGUCCUCAUUCAUCGGCGUAUCUGGAGAGGAGGUGUGGUUUGAUGAGAAAGGAGAUGCUCCUGGAAGGUAUGAUAUCAUGAAUCUGCAGUACACUGAAGCUAAUCGCUAUGACUAUGUUCACGUUGGAACCUGGCAUGAAGGAGUGCUGAACAUUGAUGAUUACAAAAUCCAGAUGAACAAGAGUGGAAUGGUGCGGUCUGUGUGCAGUGAGCCUUGCUUAAAAGGCCAGAUUAAGGUUAUACGGAAGGGAGAAGUGAGUUGCUGUUGGAUUUGCACGGCCUGCAAAGAGAACGAAUAUGUGCAAGAUGAGUUCACCUGCAAAGCUUGUGACUUGGGAUGGUGGCCCAAUGCAGAUCUAACAGGCUGUGAGCCCAUUCCUGUCCGCUAUCUUGAGUGGAGCAACAUCGAAUCCAUCAUAGCCAUCGCCUUCUCAUGCCUGGGAAUCCUUGUUACCUUGUUUGUCACCCUAAUCUUUGUACUGUACCGGGACACACCAGUGGUCAAAUCCUCCAGUCGGGAGCUCUGCUACAUCAUUCUAGCUGGCAUCUUCCUUGGUUAUGUGUGCCCAUUCACUCUCAUUGCCAAACCUACUAUCACUUCCUGCUACCUCCAGCGCCUCUUGGUUGGCCUCUCCUCUGCGAUGUGCUACUCUGCUUUAGUGACUAAAACCAAUCGCAUUGCACGCAUCCUGGCUGGCAGCAAGAAGAAGAUCUGCACCCGGAAGCCCAGGUUCAUGAGUGCCUGGGCUCAGGUGAUCAUUGCCUCAAUUCUGAUUAGUGUGCAACUCACCCUGGUGGUAACCCUGAUCAUCAUGGAGCCCCCUAUGCCCAUUCUAUCCUACCCAAGUAUCAAGGAAGUCUACCUUAUCUGCAAUACCAGCAACCUGGGUGUGGUGGCACCUUUGGGCUACAAUGGACUCCUCAUCAUGAGCUGUACCUACUAUGCCUUCAAGACCCGCAAUGUGCCCGCCAACUUCAACGAGGCCAAAUAUAUUGCCUUCACCAUGUACACCACCUGUAUCAUCUGGCUAGCUUUUGUGCCCAUUUACUUUGGGAGCAACUACAAGAUCAUCACAACUUGCUUUGCAGUGAGUCUCAGUGUAACAGUGGCUCUGGGGUGCAUGUUCACUCCCAAGAUGUACAUCAUUAUUGCCAAGCCUGAGAGGAAUGUCCGCAGUGCCUUCACCACCUCUGAUGUUGUCCGCAUGCAUGUUGGCGAUGGCAAGCUGCCCUGCCGCUCCAACACUUUCCUCAACAUCUUUCGAAGAAAGAAGGCAGGGACAGGGAAUGCCAAUUCUAAUGGCAAGUCUGUGUCAUGGUCUGAACCAGGUGGAGGACAGGUGUCCAAGGGACAGCACAUGUGGCACCGCCUCUCUGUGCACGUGAAGACUAAUGAGACGGCCUGCAACCAAACAGCCGUCAUCAAGCCCCUCACUAAAAGUUACCAAGGCUCUGGCAAGAGCCUUACCUUUUCGGAUACCAGCACCAAGACCCUUUACAACGUGGAGGAGGAGGAGGAUGCCCAGCCGGUUCGCUUUAGCCCUCCUGGCAGCCCUUCCAUGGUGGUGCACAGGCGCGUUCCAAGCGCGGCGACCACUCCGCCUCUGCCGCCCCACCUGACCUCAGAGGAGACUCCCCUCUUCCUGGUUGACCCAGCCCUCCCCAAGGGCUUGCCCCCUCCUCUCCAGCAGCAGCAGCAGCCCCCCCCUCCACAGCAGAAAUCGCUAAUGGACCAGUUCCAGGGAGUGGUCAGCAACUUCAGCACUGUGAUCCCGGAUUUUCACGCGGUGCUGGCAGGCCCCGGGGGUCCCGGGAACGGGCUGCGGUCCCUGUACCCGCCCCCGCCACCCCCGCAGCACCUGCAGAUGCUGCCGCUGCAGCUGAGCACCUUCGAGGAGGAGCUGGUCUCCCCGCCCGCGGACGACGACGACGACAGCGAGAGGUUUAAGCUCCUCCAGGAGUACGUGUAUGAGCACGAGCGGGAAGGGAACACGGAAGAAGACGAACUGGAAGAGGAGGAGGAGGACCUGCAGGCGGCCAGCAAACUGACCCCGGAGGAUUCGCCUGCGCUGACGCCUCCGUCGCCUUUUCGCGACUCGGUGGCCUCGGGCAGCUCGGUGCCCAGCUCCCCCGUGUCCGAGUCGGUGCUCUGCACCCCUCCCAACGUGUCCUACGCCUCCGUCAUUCUGCGGGACUACAAGCAAAGCUCUUCCACCCUGUAGAGGGGAAGGGUCGACAUAGAAAAGCAAGACAAGCCAGAGAGCUCCUACACCUCCAGAGAUGUGCGAACAGCUGUGGGGAGAAACCUGGGAGUGGGGGACCUUGCCGGGAGGAGAGGAGGAGACCGCUGCUGCUGCUGCCGCCUUAAGUAAGAAGAGAGGGAAGGACACCAAGCAAAAAAUGCUCCAGGUCAGGAUUCGGAUUCUUGAAUUACUCAAAGCCUUCUCUGGAAAGAAAGGGAAUUCUGACAAAGCACAAUUCCGUAUGGUAUAUAACUUUUAUCACAAAUCAAUAAUAAUGACAUCACAAACAUAAUCUCCUCUUUUGCACAAUUGUGCAUAGAUAUGUAUAUGCCCCCACACACUGGGCCAUGCUUGCUAAGGAACAGCCUACGUGGACAUGCCAGUCGGAUCAUGAGUUCGCCUGAUGGCAUUCGGAGUGAGUUGGUGGAGCCGGACAGAGCAGGUGCGCGGAGGGGAAGGGCCCAGGCCAGACCCAUCCCAAACGGAUGAUGGGAUGAUGGGACAGCAGCUCCUUGCUCAGAAACCCUUCUCUCCCCUGGGCUGACUAGACUCCUCAUCUUCAGGAGACUCAGGAACGGAGCUGCACAGGGGUCUCUCUUCAUCCACUGCAAUCCAUCCAGUGCCAGCUUUGAGACUGCACUUGAAGAAAGGUGCAUGGAUCCCCUGCUGCUCUGCGGAUGUCCUUUAUUUAGGAAAACAGGAAUAAGAGCAAAAUUAUCACCAAAAAGUGCUUCAUCAGACGUGCUACAGGAGGAAGGAGCUAGAAAUAGGACAGUCCAUCAGCAUGGGACUUUGAAAAAAAAACCACAUGAUCAGCUUCUCAUGUUCCAUAUUCACUUAUUGGCGAUUUGGGGAAAAGGCCAGAAGAAGAGAUUAUUUCGAGAGUGGCGGGAACCCUUUUGUGGAUGAACUUGUGUUUGUGCCAAACGGGCUUUCCAUUGACCUUCAAUUAAAGAACAAACCAUGUGGCAAAAUUGUUACCCUUCCACUUACUGUAGCAAAUAAUACCUACCAGUUGAACUUCUAAGAUGCGUAUAUGUACAAUUUGGUGCCAUUAUUUCUCCUACGUAUUACAGAAACAAAUCCAUCUUUGAAUCUAAUGAUGUACUCAUAGCAACUAUUACUGGUUUAAAUGACAAAUAAUUCUAUCCUAUUGUCACUGAAGUCCUUGUAACUAGCGAGUGAAUGUGUUCCUGUGUCCUUGUAUAUGUGCGAUCGUAAAAUUUGUGCAAAGUAAUGUCAAAUUGACCUGUCAAUGUCAACCUAGUAGUCAAUCUAACUGCAAUUAGAAAUUGUCUUUUGAAUAUACUCUAUAUAUUUUUUAUGUUCCAAUAAUGUUUUAUACAUCAUUGUCAUCAAUAUCUACAGAAGCUCUUCGAAGGUUUGAAUACUAUAGCUCAAUGUUUUCAUACGUGGCUUGGAUAGACAUUUUUCUUCUAAGAUGGAACUUAUUUUUCAGAUAUUUUCUGAUGUGGAGACAUGUUAUUAAUGAAGUGGUUUGAAAAUUUGUUAUAUUAAAAGUGCACAAAAACUGAGAGUGAAAAUAAACGGUACAUUUUAUAAGCUUGCACACAUUAUUAAAACAUAAGAUUGAACAAAGCAUUUAGAUUAUUCCAAGCUAUAUUAGGUUUUUUUUUUAAGAUUUUCCACAGCUAUUUGAGCGUCUAACAUACAGUAACAUCUAACUCAGCUCAUAAUUUGUAAAAUCUUUAUCAAUCACAUUUUGCCUUCUUUUAAUUUUUAUGUUCAUGGACUUUUAUUCCUGUAUCUUUGCUGUCAUAACUUUUUGUUUCUGUUAUUUGCUGUUGUGUAAUAUCCACUGACAUGUAAUCCACUUAUUCCAUCUUUACCAUCCCUUUUUAUCCCCAAUAAAAGGAUUUUUCUUGCUGUUUUGAUUUCUUCUAUUAUUUGUGGAAUGAAUUCAACCCCCCUUAAAUAUCUUUGUUUAUGCCUUACGUUCAGUCACAUUUUAAUAUGCUUCCUUCAUAUUGAAGCUGCUGAUUUCUCAGCCAAAAAUCAUCUUAGAAUCUUUAAAUAUCCACUGCAUCAUUUGUUCAGAAUUUAACAUCCACUCCAAUGUUGGAAGCUUGUAUUUCUUAUACUUCUACUGCCAAGUUUAGUCAGUUCCACACCAAGAAUGAACUGCAUUUCCUUUAAAAAUGAUUUUAAAACACCUUUAUUAUAAAGAUCUCAUGACCAAGAUGUGGACUUCGGUUUCAUGUUUUCAUUGUAAGAAAGCAGACAGAGGAAAAUCAAUGGCUCCAGUGAUUAAUAGAUGGGUUUUUAGUAAUUGACAAAUUCAUGAGGGAAAGCAUAUGAUCUCUAUUAGUGAAUCAUGUUUAUUUUUUACUCUUAAUGCCACUAAUAUACAUCUCUAAUAUCACAGGGCUUGUGCAUUCAGAUUUUUUAAAAAUUAGAAUAGAUAAGGAAAACUUAUAUUCAAGUAUAAGAUGAUAUUAGGUUGGUCUAAGACAUUUGGUGAACAUGUUCAUUCAACUGUGAUCACUUUAUUACUCUGAAUGCCUAUGAUUAUCAUGAUUACGGGGUCUCCUGAAUAAAUAGAGUAUUAGUCCUUAUGUCAUCAUUGUUCAAAAUUGGAGACAUACACAUACAUACCCUAUACCAAGAGGGCCGAAACUCUUCACCUUAAUGUAUGUGCUGAUACAAGUUGUUCAGCUUCUUGUAAAUGUGUUUUCCUUUGGCCUGUUACUGCCUUUUGUCAAAUAAUCUAGAUAACACUGUAUAAUAAAUAUUUUCUAUUUGUUAAA